GCUCCCGGGAGCUGCGGCGGGACGACGAUGGCCCGGGAGUCAGAGCCCGAGUUUUACCUGCGGUGGAAACACUGUGAGGUGCCAGGUGUUCAGACUUUAUGUAAUCUAAGGACACUUCUGAACAAGCUUCAGAAAGAUCACAGAGAGGAUGUCUAUCUUUACACCUCUGGGCACUUGAAUCCCAAUAAGCUCUACAGGCCUCCUGAGACCGUCCUGUAUCACUGGUCCAACGCCAAUAGACCAAAAGGGGAAAAGAUCUUCCAGGUGGAAAAGCCGAUCGGAAAAUCCGAUAAGGAGAUCACCAAGAUGAAAGACGCUCUGGCUUAUUUUACCAUCAAUACAGCUCUGGGGCCCAAUGAGGCACAGAACGCACCGCUGUUCAGGUAUUUGAACCCCGCGGAGCAUAGUUCCCACACUGCAGUAGAGGAUUUCAUUCAAAGGAAGUCUCCGAGGAGAGAGGGUUCUCCCGAGCGGCGGAGGAGAGAAGAGCUGAGGUUGCCAGAGAUGAAGGUUCUCAAGUACAGAGCGGUGGAGUCCAGCCGUCAGUGCGUGAUGCCUCCCCGACGUAAGGAUGAGUAUCAGUACAUCAGCUCGUACUUAGCCGGCCUGACGAAGACAGACAAGUACAGGAAGUUCUUGCGUUUCCAAAAAGAAGUUCUUGCGAAGCACCAUCUCCGGAAGAACGACUUCACUGGGAGGCAGGCAGCGACACGGCAUGAGAAGAAGUUGGAACAGGAGCUCCAAAACGUGUGUGUAUGUGACUCCCAACAGUUCAACAGACUGCAGGUCUAUGGAAAAGUCUUUGAAGAUAUUUGCAAUAGUUCUUUGAUAUUUGGGGAUAUCUUGAAAGAAGUUAAGGAUGAAUAUGAACUCUACAUGGCAAUACUCCUGCGGUCCCAGACCACAUCACAGUAUAAGACUCUGCUGGCUAAUGCCAAGGGGCUGGAGAAGAGGUCCGUGAAGACAGCAGAUGUCAACCAGGCCAGGGAGGAGCUGAGGGCGAUUGUGACGGCCACCAAGGCUGCCCUGGAGCAUAAUGACAAACUCAGAAGUGAACUAGAGGUGGAACGCACGUUGCUGCAAUCAGCUAAGGAAGAGUCGGAAUCAUCUAAGAAAAAUGUAAUGGAUGAGGAUCACCUUACCCUUAUUGAGAAGGUUGAAAAGAAGAGGUGUGAAAUACUCAGUAAAUGGGAUGAAAUUCAUGCUCUUGAAAGAGAAAAAACGACUCUGAUUCAUACUGGAAUUUCACAUAUCACUGAAAAUAGGAUUAAAAGCAUAGAGACUGAAGCUAUAAAAUUAGAAACAGCAAAUCGAAUUUUAAAGAAGAAAAUACAUAUUAUUGAAAACAAUGUGAAGCAGAACCGAAAGCAUGAGACAAGUGAGCGGAAGCAGCAGAACCUUUGGGAUUUCAUUACGGAAUUUGUAAACUUGACGGAAACAGACAACGCCCUCAGGGACUGGAAAAACGACCCAUGAAAUUCACAGCCAUCAUGUACGUAGCGUGAAUGUCUGCAGAUGAUAAAGUAAUCAAGAUACAUCUCAUUUUGUCAGUUUUUUUCAGUUUUAAUUCUAAUAAAGUUAAUGCACAUAUGCAUCAAGAUACUGGAAUAAAUACAUGUGUGCAUGUGAUUAAGUUUUACUUUGUGUCCAUAUUCAUAACAAUAGUAGUUGUUAGGGUAUUUUCUGCUUUCAUUUACUAGUUUUCUCCAAGGAAAACUACUUUUUGCUUAUUUGAGAAAUAAGGAAAUUCAUCCCUGCUACAAUACAGAUCAAUAUGUUUCCUUUUUUUUGUCUUAUUAUAUUUAUUA